GCAGAUUACAAGAACCAAAUCCGACCAGCAAAAACUGUCUGUACAUUGGCUGGCGUCCAUUUUUGAACCUCUACUGUUUCCUUGAAAUUGUCCUUUUCUAUCUGAUGUUAUAUAAAACCCUCAUGUCCGUUCAUUAUUCUUCAUUCUGUACUUAAUUAUAUCUCAAAAGGAACAAAAAAGCAAUGGCAGAAACAAAUAUGAAUGAUUUUGAAGAUAUGUUACCAGUGAUGGCCGAAAAGCUAGGUGGCGAUGGCCUAAUUAGAGAAUUAUGCAAUGGUUUUAGUCUUUUGAUGGAUAGAGAAAAAGGGCUCAUCACAUUUGAUAGCCUGAAGAAGAAUUCAGCUUUUCUUGGAUUACAAGAUUUGAGAGACGAUGAGUUGAAGAGUAUGGUUAAAGAAGGCGAUAUGAAUGGGGAUGGAGGGCUAGAUCAGAUGGAAUUUUGCGUGCUGAUGUUUAGGUUGAGCCCCGAAUUGAUGCAGAAAUCCGAAGAUUGGCUCGGGUAUGCUUUGCAGCAGGAGUUGAGGACGGCAUGUUUUGACAGAAAAUGAAUUUGGAAGAUGCUGAUUAAUAUGAUUCUUCGAUGGAAUAUUAAAUGGUAAAAUAAAUAAAAAUACGCAAUUAGAAAGGCUGUUCUUUGAGAGGAUCCUUUGUAAUUUUAAUUGAUUCUUUUCUUUUCAUCAUAUUUGCAUUCCCUUUGAUAUUUAAAGAAUUAGUUAAUUGGAAAAACUACUGAUCAGACCAGGCUAUGCCAUCAGAAUAAGAAGGGCCUUUCGAACAAAAUAAACACAAAGAUGAUACUCGAUGGCAUUGAGAAAGUUUUAGUUGUCAUUAUCGUCUUUUUUACUGAUAUUUAUUGACAGAUUUAUGUUAAGCCAAUUGAUUAAAAAGAAAGAAGAUCAUAACAUGUAUGAAUCCAUUGUACGUAUGAUGAAAUGGCAUUUCAUUUU